AUGUCAUCUUCGCUCAAUAACCUGAGCGCUGCCACAGAGGACCGAAAAGCCCGUCUGGCGGCGCUACGCGGCCUGAAAAGAAAACAACCAAAUGGCGAAACCGCAACGCCCGAAGCAGAGAACAGACCGUCGCAGCCAGCGGCUGAAGGAGUCGACAUUGCGCGGCAGCACCUCUCGGGCCGCAACUAUGACUUCGAGACCAAGGGGCCCAAGCUAGGCUUUGAGCACAUGCCCAACGAGGGCCUGGAAAAUCCAACGUUGGAGGAGCAAGCGGCCGAGGUUGAAGCCGAGACCCAGAGACUGGCCGACGAAGAGGCGCAAAACGAAAAGGGUAUCGAUUUAUUCAAACUACAACCGAAGAAGCCAAACUGGGACCUGAAGCGAAAUCUGGAAACGAAGAUGGAGAUUCUCAACGUACGGACCGAUAACGCAAUCGCAAAAUUGGUUCGGCAACGGAUAGCAAGCGCCCAGGAAGCAGUGCAGAAGGGCGGAGCGGCGCGGAGCGAUGCCGUGGAAGGAGACGCUGUCGGCCUCGACGGCCUCGCUCUCGUCGAAGGCCUCAGAGUCCGGGAGAAAGAGGAAAGGGAGGAGGAGGAGCGUGAAAGGGCACAGGAGGAAUGA